AUGGCAAACAACACUUCUAAUGGAGCAUCUGUAAUAGCGAAGAUACCAUCCGGAGUGUGGAUAUUUCUUACAACCCUGAACAUUUUCCUUUCCAUCUUUGCAACUCUGGGCAAUAUUCUCAUCCUAGUUGCUCUACGAAACGUUUCCUCCAUUCAUCCACCGACGAAGCUCCUAUUUCGAUGUCUGGCGAUAACUGAUCUUAGUGUUGGUCUUCUUGGUCAACCACUUCACGUUUACGUUAGGUACACUACAAUCUCUCUUGAUAUUGGUAACCGCAUCGUAGAACUAGCUUACGUAUAUGUGUUUAUCAUUUGCCUGUUGGUUGCGGUAUCCAUCCUAACAUCGGCUGCCAUCAGUGUUGACAGACUUCUCGCUCUGUUAUUGGGCCUGAGAUACAGACACGUUGUAACUUUAUGCCGAGUUCGUGUGCUCAUAGCUUGUGUUAGGGGCACCCAACGACAAUUUUCGGGAAAAUAUCUGUUCGGAAGACGAUUUGAGAACUAGAAUUUUCGGAACAUUUGUUGUAAAAUUUCUUGCUUGCCUGCCUCUCCUAGGAUUUUCGAACAUCUACAAAAUGGUAUAAUUACCCAUUUUAAACGGAUAUUUACCCUAAAGAAGGCAACCUAGAAUUUUCGGGAGCCUUUUCCUGGCUAAAAUUUUCGAAAAGGUAAGUUUUGAUCCCUAUAAUUUUCGGAUCACUAGACUUUCAGCUAGGAAAUCCGAACAGAUGAAAAGUUUUUAGGGGAUAAAAAUAUGCCUAUAUCUACCGUUUAAAUACUAAAAUACGUUCAACAAUGCUUUGUUAAGUGGUUUUGAACUAUAUGCUCGUUGGGUGCCCCUGUUGUGUUUGGUUCAUUGCUAUUUCAAACGCUUCUUUGUUCUGCGUCGCUUGGAUCCUAUCUCAUGAUAAGUUACAACUUGCCUCGUGGUGGACCCUCCGAGCUUUUACCAUUUUUUCUAUAAUAGUCUCAACAUUUUCGUACUCGAAGAUUUUUUUCACCCUCCGUCAUCAACAAGCCCAAGUGGGAGAUCAUGUUCAACCAGAACAGUCAAGCAGAGCAAGAAGUGUACUGAACAUAGCACGAUACAAGAAGACAGUGUAUAGCGUAGCUUGGAUACAGUUUGCUAUGCUUGCUUGUUAUGGUCCUAGAAUCGUGUUGGUAUUUCUUUUGCAUUUUGGAAAUAUAGAUGAUUCCAUUGAAAUAAGAAUCGCGGAUGAAUUUUCCGUUUGUCUCGUCUUUUUAAAUUCAUCUCUGAAUCCAGUCCUUUACUGCUGGAGGAUCAAAGAUAUCAGACGGAAAGUACAAAACACCAUUCGUAAGUGUCUUUGCUGUUGA